AUGCACUGCCAUGCACUGCCAUGCACUGCACCCAUCCUGCCCGCGGGGAGUGACAGCCGCAGCAUUCCUGCUGCGCUCCGGCCGUGCCUCGCGGCCCUGCCCAGCAGUUCUGGACGACAGCUGAGACCAGCUGAGCCCCCAGGAGAUGCUGAUGCUGUUGCAGAUGCAGACGAUGAAGAUUCUGUUAAUGAAGUGGCAGUAGAAGACGUUCGUCCAAGGCCACAAGGAUCCUCUCCAGUUUAUGAGUAUCCUGUAGAAGAAGACUAUUUAAAGCUUCAAGAAGAAAACAAAAAACAUUCUACAGACAAAUCAAAACAGAGUCAUCCACAGGAGACAAUGGAAGUGACCCUGAAAACAGAAGUGGAAGCUGGUGCUAGUGGUUUUAGUGUGAAAGGUGGAGGAAAUGAAGGAAUAUUUAUUAAAAGAGUACUUAAGGAAUCUCCUGCUUCAAAAAUAUUUAGUCUUAGAGAAGGUGAUCAGCUUCUAAGUGCUACAAUAUUUUUUGAUAAUAUCAAAUAUGAAGAUGCACUGAAGAUUCUCCAAUAUUCCGAGCCAUACAGAGUCCAAUUCAGUCUCAAAAGGAAAAUUGCUGUGCAAGAAGAUCUAGAACACUCUACAGCCCAGCACACAAAGGAAAGGAUAGGCCAGGAAAAAGAACUCAGUGAGAGCAUUCCUGAAGAAACACUACAUGUUUCAGGAAAAACUAUUUCAGAAGAAGACAGGGAAACAUUAAUUGUAAGCCAAAGGAUAGGAAGAAGUAAAAGAGCUAAAAAAGACAGAUUAUCAUGGCCAAAAUUUCAAUCAAUCAAAAAUAAAAAGAUACUGAGGCACAGAAGAUCUCAUAGUACAUCAGAUGCAUACGAGCCUGCUAUACAGGAUAUUUCCCCUACAAGCACGGACACAGAGUCCCAGUAUCCACAAGAGGUCCAUACCAAAGAGAAAAAAGUAAGCCAAAGGAAGCUGAAGUUCCCUAGCAUUGGAUUCAGAAUGCACAGGUCCAAACCAGAACCACAAGAGAAGAAAAAAAAAGAAAUAAAAACCACACUGAUCUCUGAAACAGAGAAAAUACAUAGCGAUGAUAUAAGCUUGGAAAAUCCUGAAAUCUUAACUGUUGAAUAUACCACAUCUCCUGCUUAUGAAAUGAAAAGAGGUGAGAAACACGAAACUUUAACAAAAGACUUAAAAGAGAUUAAAAAUGGUAUUCCAUCUCAUGUAAAACAAUGCCCUGAAGUUGAAAUAAGCAUUAAAAAAGAGAAAGACAAGGAAGCAACAUCAGAAUUUAGUGCAACUGAAAUACCAGACAUAACAAUAGAGAUACCAAAGCCCAGUUUAGAAGCAGCUGAUCUGAAAGUAAGCCCAACUAAAAAAUCACCACAAGCUUCAUCAAAAUCUCGAAAAAAGAAACAGAAAGGAACAGCAGAUAAAAGAGAUGGAGAAAGUGGAAUUAACAUAGACUUGAUGGGACACACAGCUAAAGGAUCUGUGCAGGUAAAAGGCCUAGAAAUAUGCACUGCUAAAGCUGAAUUACAGACAUCUGACACACUGGAAACAGGAGAAAAACAAACAGAAGAAAUAAAACAAAUGCUAAAUAUUCAGAAAAUGAAUUAUGGAAUUUCAGUGACCAAAAGAAAAGAGACAGAGACUGACACCACCAAACAGAGAAGUGACAUUCUACAGUCAGAACUAGAAAAAACAGCUGGUUCACAAGACAGCAGGAAUUUCAGUGUGAAAACUCUUAUGACAGAUGCAGAAUCAGAAGUCUCUACUUGGAAAGUACAAAUGCCAUCAUUCAAAGUGGCCAAAGCACCAAAAACUGACAAGAAAAUACCAAUAGAAGAAAACAGAGAGAACACAGAAGAUAUGGUAAAAAAGGAACAGAUAGAGGAAGAUGACAUGCCAACAAAUGACAAAGUCCUAAACCUAGAACUUGGAAUGAAGAGAGGGGAAAAAGAUAUAGAGGGGAAAGAAAGCAAAUUCAGACUGCCAAAGUUAAAAUUCCCUACAUUUACCUGGUCAACUACCAAGGAAGAAACUGCUCAACCUGAAGAAGAGAUAAGUACAAGAGAAGUAAACAUGAAAACCCUACAAAGAGCAGAAGGCCUUCAGCUAAGUAGACCAACAGAGGAAAUCAUGGUACCAAGUGCAGAAAACGAAACAGGAAUAUCGAUACGGAAAACAGAUGAACAAGAAAUCAAAGAAAAGACAACAUGCCAGAUACCAAGUCAAAAAAUACCAACUAUAAAAACUUCCCAAAUAAAAAUAAAUACAGAAGAAAAGAAUGAAAAACUAUUGAUUUCAAAAACUGACAGAGAAAUAGAGAAGACAGAACUCAACAAAAUAUCAAAACAUGCAAAUAUAGAAAUUACACCAUCUGACCCUAAAUCACCCAAGGUGCAUAUCAGCCUGCCCUCCGUCGACGUCAGCCUUCCACAGGCCAGCGUUGACCUUCAGGCGCCCGAGGCCACCCUUAGCCUGGAAGGUGAAGCCAAAGUGCCAGAGAAGGAGGCCGCCAAGACCAAGGACGGCAAGUUCAAGAUGCCCAAGUUCGGCAUGCCUUCCUUUGGCUGGUCCAGCAGCAGAGAGGCCAAGGGCACCGUGGCCGCCGAGGCGGACGUCAGCCUCAAGGAGCCUCACGUGGCGGUGCCCUCGGGGGCCGCUGAAGUGGACGUGACCCUGCCUGGGGCUGAAGUCCAAGCUCCCGGCGUGGAGGUGACUGUCGAGACGGCCGCCAUCUCAGCAGAGGGCGAGAAAGGCCGAUUCAAGAUGCCCGACGUCAAGAUGCCCAGCGUCAAGCUGCCCAAAGUCAAAGCUCCCCAGGCGCAGGUCAGCCUGCCUAAGGCCGAGGUCUCGCUGCCCAAAGGCCAGGAGGGCGAUGUCGCCCUGCCGGGCCCCGAGGCCGAAGCCAGCCUGGAGGUGGCCGCCGGCAAAGCUGAGGGUGGCGGCAUGAAAAUACACAUGCCCAAAGUCAAGGUGCCCAGCGUGGUCUUCUCCAAGCCCACCGUCAAGGCUCCCAAAGUGGACGCAGAUGUCAGCCUCCCGCAGGCAGAGCUCAAGGCCGCCGACGUCAGCGUCGCGGCACCCGACGUCCAGCUGCCCUCGGUGGAAGGUUCCCUCGAUCUGCAGGCGCCUGACAUUGACCUCAAAACGCCCUCCACCGAAGGCAAGCUCGAGCUGGAAGGCACGGGCCUGAAAGCCAAGCUCAAGAUGCCCAAGUUCGACAAGCCCAAAUUCUCAGUGUCCUCUCCCAAGGCCGAGGCUCCCGCAGCCGAGGUCAGCCUGCCCAGCGCGGAGGUCGACCUCCCCUCCGCCGCCGUGACAGCCGCAGGGGAGGGCCCCGCGCUGGGCCUCAAAGCUGACAUUCCAGGAGCCAAGACCGAAGGCGCCGGCUUGAAGCUGGAGAAGCCCUCCCUCAAGAUGCCCAAAGCUGACAUCAAAGCUCCCAAGGUGGACAUCAGCCUGCCCUCCGUCGACGUCAGCCUUCCACAGGCCAGCGUUGACCUUCAGGCGCCCGAGGCCACCCUUAGCCUGGAAGGUGAAGCCAAAGUGCCAGAGAAGGAGGCCGCCAAGACCAAGGACGGCAAGUUCAAGAUGCCCAAGUUCGGCAUGCCUUCCUUUGGCUGGUCCAGCAGCAGAGAGGCCAAGGGCACCGUGGCCGCCGAGGCGGACGUCAGCCUCAAGGAGCCUCACGUGGCGGUGCCCUCGGGGGCCGCUGAAGUGGACGUGACCCUGCCCGGGGCUGAAGUCCAAGCUCCCGGCGUGGAGGUGACUGUCGAGACGGCCGCCAUCUCAGCUGAGGGCGAGAAAGGCCGAUUCAAGAUGCCCGACGUCAAGAUGCCCAGCGUCAAGCUGCCCAAAGUCAAAGCUCCCCAGGCGCAGGUCAGCCUGCCUAAGGCCGAGGUCUCGCUGCCCAAAGGCCAGGAGGGCGAUGUCGCCCUGCCGGGCCCCGAGGCCGAAGCCAGCCUGGAGGUGGCCGCCGGCAAAGCUGAGGGCGGUGGCAUGAAAAUACACAUGCCCAAAGUCAAGGUGCCCAGCGUGGUCUUCUCCAAGCCCACCGUCAAGGCUCCCAAAGUGGACGCAGAUGUCAGCCUCCCGCAGGCAGAGCUCAAGGCCGCCGACGUCAGCGUCGCGGCACCCGACGUCCAGCUGCCCUCGGUGGAAGGUUCCCUCGAGCUGCAGGCGCCUGACAUCGACCUCAAAACGCCCUCCACCGAAGGCAAGCUCGAGCUGGAAGGCACGGGCCUGAAAGCCAAGCUCAAGAUGCCCAAGUUCGACAAGCCCAAAUUCUCAGUGUCCUCUCCCAAGGCCGAGGCUCCCGCAGCCGAGGUCAGCCUGCCCAGCGCGGAGGUCGACCUCCCCUCCGCCGCCGUGACAGCCGCAGGGGAGGGCCCCGCGCUGGGCCUCAAAGCUGACAUUCCAGGAGCCAAGACCGAAGGCGCCGGCUUGAAGCUGGAGAAGCCCUCCCUCAAGAUGCCCAAAGCUGACAUCAAAGCUCCCAAGGUGGACAUCAGCCUGCCCUCCGUCGACGUCAGCCUUCCACAGGCCAGCGUUGACUUUCAGGUGCCCGAGGCCACCCUUAGCCUGGAAGGUGAAGCCAAAGUGCCAGAGAAGGAGGCCGCCAAGACCAAGGACGGCAAGUUCAAGAUGCCCAAGUUCGGCAUGCCUUCCUUUGGCUGGUCCAGCAGCAGAGAGGCCAAGGGCACCGUGGCCGCCGAGGCGGACGUCAGCCUCAAGGAGCCUCACGUGGCGGUGCCCUCGGGGGCCGCUGAAGUGGACGUGACCCUGCCCGGGGCUGAAGUCCAAGCUCCCGGCGUGGAGGUGACUGUCGAGACGGCCGCCAUCUCAGCUGAGGGCGAGAAAGGCCGAUUCAAGAUGCCCGACGUCAAGAUGCCCAGCGUCAAGCUGCCCAAAGUCAAAGCUCCCCAGGCGCAGGUCAGCCUGCCUAAGGCCGAGGUCUCGCUGCCCAAAGGCCAGGAGGGCGAUGUCGCCCUGCCGGGCCCCGAGGCCGAAGCCAGCCUGGAGGUGGCCGCCGGCAAAGCUGAGGGUGGCGGCAUGAAAAUACACAUGCCCAAAGUCAAGGUGCCCAGCGUGGUCUUCUCCAAGCCCACCGUCAAGGCUCCCAAAGUGGACGCAGAUGUCAGCCUCCCGCAGGCAGAGCUCAAGGCCGCCGACGUCAGCGUCGCGGCACCCGACGUCCAGCUGCCCUCGGUGGAAGGUUCCCUCGAUCUGCAGGCGCCUGACAUUGACCUCAAAACGCCCUCCACCGAAGGCAAGCUCGAGCUGGAAGGCACGGGCCUGAAAGCCAAGCUCAAGAUGCCCAAGUUCGACAAGCCCAAAUUCUCAGUGUCCUCUCCCAAGGCCGAGGCUCCCGCAGCCGAGGUCAGCCUGCCCAGCGCGGAGGUCGACCUCCCCUCCGCCGCCGUGACAGCCGCAGGGGAGGGCCCCGCGCUGGGCCUCAAAGCUGACAUUCCAGGAGCCAAGACCGAAGGCGCCGGCUUGAAGCUGGAGAAGCCCUCCCUCAAGAUGCCCAAAGCUGACAUCAAAGCUCCCAAGGUGGACAUCAGCCUGCCCUCCGUCGACGUCAGCCUUCCACAGGCCAGCGUUGACCUUCAGGCGCCCGAGGCCACCCUUAGCCUGGAAGGUGAAGCCAAAGUGCCAGAGAAGGAGGCCGCCAAGACCAAGGACGGCAAGUUCAAGAUGCCCAAGUUCGGCAUGCCUUCCUUUGGCUGGUCCAGCAGCAGAGAGGCAAAGGGCACCGUGGCCGCCGAGGCGGACGUCAGCCUCAAGGAGCCUCACGUGGCGGUGCCCUCGGGGGCCGCUGAAGUGGACGUGACCCUGCCCGGGGCUGAAGUCCAAGCUCCCGGCGUGGAGGUGACUGUCGAGACGGCCGCCAUCUCAGCUGAGGGCGAGAAAGGCCGAUUCAAGAUGCCCGACGUCAAGAUGCCCAGCGUCAAGCUGCCCAAAGUCAAAGCUCCCCAGGCGCAGGUCAGCCUGCCUAAGGCCAAGGUCUCGCUGCCCAAAGGCCAGGAGGGCGAUGUCGCCCUGCCGGGCCCCGAGGCCGAAGCCAGCCUGGAGGUGGCCGCCGGCAAAGCUGAGGGCGGCGGCAUGAAAAUACACAUGCCCAAAGUCAAGGUGCCCAGCGUGGUCUUCUCCAAGCCCACCGUCAAGGCUCCCAAAGUGGACGCAGAUGUCAGCCUCCCGCAGGCAGAGCUCAAGGCCGCCGACGUCAGCGUCGCGGCACCCGACGUCCAGCUGCCCUCGGUGGAAGGUUCCCUCGAUCUGCAGGCGCCUGACAUCGACCUCAAAACGCCCUCCACCGAAGGCAAGCUCGAGCUGGAAGGCACGGGCCUGAAAGCCAAGCUCAAGAUGCCCAAGUUCGACAAGCCCAAAUUCUCAGUGUCCUCUCCCAAGGCCGAGGCUCCCGCAGCCGAGGUCAGCCUGCCCAGCGCGGAGGUCGACCUCCCCUCCGCCGCCGUGACAGCCGCAGGGGAGGGCCCCGCGCUGGGCCUCAAAGCUGACAUUCCAGGAGCCAAGACCGAAGGCGCCGGCUUGAAGCUGGAGAAGCCCUCCCUCAAGAUGCCCAAAGCUGACAUCAAAGCUCCCAAGGUGGACAUCAGCCUGCCCUCCGUCGACGUCAGCCUUCCACAGGCCAGCGUUGACUUUCAGGUGCCCGAGGCCACCCUUAGCCUGGAAGGUGAAGCCAAAGUGCCAGAGAAGGAGGCCGCCAAGACCAAGGACGGCAAGUUCAAGAUGCCCAAGUUCGGCAUGCCUUCCUUUGGCUGGUCCAGCAGCAGAGAGGCCAAGGGCACCGUGGCCGCCGAGGCGGACGUCAGCCUCAAGGAGCCUCACGUGGCGGUGCCCUCGGGGGCCGCUGAAGUGGACGUGACCCUGCCCGGGGCUGAAGUCCAAGCUCCCGGCGUGGAGGUGACUGUCGAGACGGCUGCCAUCUCAGCUGAGGGCGAGAAAGGCCGAUUCAAGAUGCCCGACGUCAAGAUGCCCAGCGUCAAGCUGCCCAAAGUCAAAGCUCCCCAGGCGCAGGUCAGCCUGCCUAAGGCCGAGGUCUCGCUGCCCAAAGGCCAGGAGGGCGAUGUCGCCCUGCCGGGCCCCGAGGCCGAAGCCAGCCUGGAGGUGGCCGCCGGCAAAGCUGAGGGCGGCGGCAUGAAAAUACACAUGCCCAAAGUCAAGGUGCCCAGCGUGGUCUUCUCCAAGCCCACCGUCAAGGCUCCCAAAGUGGACGCAGAUGUCAGCCUCCCGCAGGCAGAGCUCAAGGCCGCCGACGUCAGCGUCGCGGCACCCGACGUCCAGCUGCCCUCGGUGGAAGGUUCCCUCGAUCUGCAGGCGCCUGACAUCGACCUCAAAACGCCCUCCACCGAAGGCAAGCUCGAGCUGGAAGGCACGGGCCUGAAAGCCAAGCUCAAGAUGCCCAAGUUCGACAAGCCCAAAUUCUCAGUGUCCUCUCCCAAGGCUGAGGCUCCCGCAGCCGAGGUCAGCCUGCCCAGCGCGGAGGUCGACCUCCCCUCCGCCGCCGUGACAGCCGCAGGGGAGGGCCCCGCGCUGGGCCUCAAAGCUGACAUUCCAGGAGCCAAGACCGAAGGCGCCGGCUUGAAGCUGGAGAAGCCCUCCCUCAAGAUGCCCAAAGCUGACAUCAAAGCUCCCAAGGUGGACAUCAGCCUGCCCUCCGUCGACGUCAGCCUUCCACAGGCCAGCGUUGACCUUCAGGCGCCCGAGGCCACCCUUAGCCUGGAAGGUGAAGCCAAAGUGCCAGAGAAGGAGGCCGCCAAGACCAAGGACGGCAAGUUCAAGAUGCCCAAGUUCGGCAUGCCUUCCUUUGGCUGGUCCAGCAGCAGAGAGGCCAAGGGCACCGUGGCCGCCGAGGCGGACGUCAGCCUCAAGGAGCCUCACGUGGCGGUGCCCUCGGGGGCCGCUGAAGUGGACGUGACCCUGCCCGGGGCUGAAGUCCAAGCUCCCGGCGUGGAGGUGACUGUCGAGACGGCUGCCAUCUCAGCUGAGGGCGAGAAAGGCCGAUUCAAGAUGCCCGACGUCAAGAUGCCCAGCGUCAAGCUGCCCAAAGUCAAAGCUCCCCAGGCGCAGGUCAGCCUGCCUAAGGCCGAGGUCUCGCUGCCCAAAGGCCAGGAGGGCGAUGUCGCCCUGCCGGGCCCCGAGGCCGAAGCCAGCCUGGAGGUGGCCGCCGGCAAAGCUGAGGGCGGCGGCAUGAAAAUACACAUGCCCAAAGUCAAGGUGCCCAGCGUGGUCUUCUCCAAGCCCACCGUCAAGGCUCCCAAAGUGGACGCAGAUGUCAGCCUCCCGCAGGCAGAGCUCAAGGCCGCCAACGUCAGCGUCGCGGCACCCGACGUCCAGCUGCCCUCGGUGGAAGGUUCCCUCGAUCUGCAGGCGCCUGACAUCGACCUCAAAACGCCCUCCACCGAAGGCAAGCUCGAGCUGGAAGGCACGGGCCUGAAAGCCAAGCUCAAGAUGCCCAAGUUCGACAAGCCCAAAUUCUCAGUGUCCUCUCCCAAGGCUGAGGCUCCCGCAGCCGAGGUCUGCCUGCCCAGCGCGGAGGUCGACCUCCCCUCCGCCGCCGUGACAGCCGCAGGGGAGGGCCCCGCGCUGGGCCUCAAAGCUGACAUUCCAGGAGCCAAGACCGAAGGCGCCGGCUUGAAGCUGGAGAAGCCCUCCCUCAAGAUGCCCAAAGCUGACAUCAAAGCUCCCAAGGUGGACAUCAGCCUGCCCUCCGUCGACGUCAGCCUUCCACAGGCCAGCGUUGACCUUCAGGCGCCCGAGGCCACCCUUAGCCUGGAAGGUGAAGCCAAAGUGCCAGAGAAGGAGGCCGCCAAGACCAAGGACGGCAAGUUCAAGAUGCCCAAGUUCGGCAUGCCUUCCUUUGGCUGGUCCAGCAGCAGAGAGGCCAAGGGCACCGUGGCCGCCGAGGCGGACGUCAGCCUCAAGGAGCCUCACGUGGCGGUGCCCUCGGGGGCCGCUGAAGUGGACGUGACCCUGCCUGGGGCUGAAGUCCAAGCUCCCGGCGUGGAGGUGACUGUCGAGACGGCCGCCAUCUCAGCUGAGGGCGAGAAAGGCCGAUUCAAGAUGCCCGACGUCAAGAUGCCCAGCGUCAAGCUGCCCAAAGUCAAAGCUCCCCAGGCGCAGGUCAGCCUGCCUAAGGCCGAGGUCUCGCUGCCCAAAGGCCAGGAGGGCGAUGUCGCCCUGCCGGGCCCCGAGGCCGAAGCCAGCCUGGAGGUGGCCGCCGGCAAAGCUGAGGGCGGCGGCAUGAAAAUACACAUGCCCAAAGUCAAGGUGCCCAGCGUGGUCUUCUCCAAGCCCACCGUCAAGGCUCCCAAAGUGGACGCAGAUGUCAGCCUCCCGCAGGCAGAGCUCAAGGCCGCCGACGUCAGCGUCGCGGCACCCGACGUCCAGCUGCCCUCGGUGGAAGGUUCCCUCGAUCUGCAGGCGCCUGACAUCGACCUCAAAACGCCCUCCACCGAAGGCAAGCUCGAGCUGGAAGGCACGGGCCUGAAAGCCAAGCUCAAGAUGCCCAAGUUCGACAAGCCCAAAUUCUCAGUGUCCUCUCCCAAGGCCGAGGCUCCCGCAGCCGAGGUCAGCCUGCCCAGCGCGGAGGUCGACCUCCCCUCCGCCGCCGUGACAGCCGCAGGGGAGGGCCCCGCGCUGGGCCUCAAAGCUGACAUUCCAGGAGCCAAGACCGAAGGCGCCGGCUUGAAGCUGGAGAAGCCCUCCCUCAAGAUGCCCAAAGCUGACAUCAAAGCUCCCAAGGUGGACAUCAGCCUGCCCUCCGUCGACGUCAGCCUUCCACAGGCCAGCGUUGACCUUCAGGCGCCCGAGGCCACCCUUAGCCUGGAAGGUGAAGCCAAAGUGCCAGAGAAGGAGGCCGCCAAGACCAAGGACGGCAAGUUCAAGAUGCCCAAGUUCGGCAUGCCUUCCUUUGGCUGGUCCAGCAGCAGAGAGGCCAAGGGCACCGUGGCCGCCGAGGCGGACGUCAGCCUCAAGGAGCCUCACGUGGCGGUGCCCUCGGGGGCCGCUGAAGUGGACGUGACCCUGCCUGGGGCUGAAGUCCAAGCUCCCGGCGUGGAGGUGACUGUCGAGACGGCCGCCAUCUCAGCUGAGGGCGAGAAAGGCCGAUUCAAGAUGCCCGACGUCAAGAUGCCCAGCGUCAAGCUGCCCAAAGUCAAAGCUCCCCAGGCGCAGGUCAGCCUGCCUAAGGCCGAGGUCUCGCUGCCCAAAGGCCAGGAGGGCGAUGUCGCCCUGCCGGGCCCCGAGGCCGAAGCCAGCCUGGAGGUGGCCGCCGGCAAAGCUGAGGGCGGCGGCAUGAAAAUACACAUGCCCAAAGUCAAGGUGCCCAGCGUGGUCUUCUCCAAGCCCACCGUCAAGGCUCCCAAAGUGGACGCAGAUGUCAGCCUCCCGCAGGCAGAGCUCAAGGCCGCCGACGUCAGCGUCGCGGCACCCGACGUCCAGCUGCCCUCGGUGGAAGGUUCCCUCGAUCUGCAGGCGCCUGACAUCGACCUCAAAACGCCCUCCACCGAAGGCAAGCUCGAGCUGGAAGGCACGGGCCUGAAAGCCAAGCUCAAGAUGCCCAAGUUCGACAAGCCCAAAUUCUCAGUGUCCUCUCCCAAGGCCGAGGCUCCCGCAGCCGAGGUCAGCCUGCCCAGCGCGGAGGCCGACCUCCCCUCCGCCGCCGUGACAGCCGCAGGGGAGGGCCCCGCGCUGGGCCUCAAAGCUGACAUUCCAGGAGCCAAGACCGAAGGCGCCGGCUUGAAGCUGGAGAAGCCCUCCCUCAAGAUGCCCAAAGCUGACAUCAAAGCUCCCAAGGUGGACAUCAGCCUGCCCUCCGUCGACGUCAGCCUUCCACAGGCCAGCGUUGACCUUCAGGCGCCCGAGGCCACCCUUAGCCUGGAAGGUGAAGCCAAAGUGCCAGAGAAGGAGGCCGCCAAGACCAAGGACGGCAAGUUCAAGAUGCCCAAGUUCGGCAUGCCUUCCUUUGGCUGGUCCAGCAGCAGAGAGGCCAAGGGCACCGUGGCCGCCGAGGCGGACGUCAGCCUCAAGGAGCCUCACGUGGCGGUGCCCUCGGGGGCCGCUGAAGUGGACGUGACCCUGCCCGGGGCUGAAGUCCAAGCUCCCGGCGUGGAGGUGACUGUCGAGACGGCCACCAUCUCAGCUGAGGGCGAGAAAGGCCGAUUCAAGAUGCCCGACGUCAAGAUGCCCAGCGUCAAGCUGCCCAAAGUCAAAGCUCCCCAGGCGCAGGUCAGCCUGCCUAAGGCCGAGGUCUCGCUGCCCAAAGGCCAGGAGGGCGAUGUCGCCCUGCCGGGCCCCGAGGCCGAAGCCAGCCUGGAGGUGGCCGCCGGCAAAGCUGAGGGCGGCGGCAUGAAAAUACACAUGCCCAAAGUCAAGGUGCCCAGCGUGGUCUUCUCCAAGCCCACCGUCAAGGCUCCCAAAGUGGACGCAGAUGUUAGCCUCCCGCAGGCAGAGCUCAAGGCCGCCGACGUCAGCGUCGCGGCACCCGACGUCCAGCUGCCCUCGGUGGAAGGUUCCCUCGAUCUGCAGGCGCCUGACAUCGACCUCAAAACGCCCUCCACCGAAGGCAAGCUAGAGCUGGAAGGCACGGGCCUGAAAGCCAAGCUCAAGAUGCCCAAGUUCGACAAGCCCAAAUUCUCAGUGUCCUCUCCCAAGGCCGAGGCUCCCGCAGCCGAGGUCAGCCUGCCCAGAGCGGAGGUCGACCUCCCCUCCGCCGCCGUGACAGCCGCAGGGGAGGGCCCCGCGCUGGGCCUCAAAGCUGACAUUCCAGGAGCCAAGACCGAAGGCGCCGGCUUGAAGCUGGAGAAGCCCUCCCUCAAGAUGCCCAAAGCUGACAUCAAAGCUCCCAAGGUGGACAUCAGCCUGCCCUCCGUCGACGUCAGCCUUCCACAGGCCAGCGUUGACCUUCAGGCGCCCGAGGCCACCCUUAGCCUGGAAGGUGAAGCCAAAGUGCCAGAGAAGGAGGCCGCCAAGACCAAGGACGGCAAGUUCAAGAUGCCCAAGUUCGGCAUGCCUUCCUUUGGCUGGUCCAGCAGCAGAGAGGCCAAGGGCACCGUGGCCGCCGAGGCGGACGUCAGCCUCAAGGAGCCUCACGUGGCGGUGCCCUCGGGGGCCGCUGAAGUGGACGUGACCCUGCCUGGGGCUGAAGUCCAAGCUCCCGGCGUGGAGGUGACUGUCGAGACGGCCGCCAUCUCAGCUGAGGGCGAGAAAGGCCGAUUCAAGAUGCCCGACGUCAAGAUGCCCAGCGUCAAGCUGCCCAAAGUCAAAGCUCCCCAGGCGCAGGUCAGCCUGCCUAAGGCCGAGGUCUCGCUGCCCAAAGGCCAGGAGGGCGAUGUCGCCCUGCCGGGCCCCGAGGCCGAAGCCAGCCUGGAGGUGGCCGCCGGCAAAGCUGAGGGCGGCGGCAUGAAAAUACACAUGCCCAAAGUCAAGGUGCCCAGCGUGGUCUUCUCCAAGCCCACCGUCAAGGCUCCCAAAGUGGACGCAGAUGUCAGCCUCCCGCAGGCAGAGCUCAAGGCCGCCGACGUCAGCGUCGCGGCACCCGACGUCCAGCUGCCCUCGGUGGAAGGCUCCCUCGAGCUGCAGGCGCCUGACAUCGACCUCAAAACGCCCUCCACCGAAGGCAAGCUAGAGCUGGAAGGCACGGGCCUGAAAGCCAAGCUCAAGAUGCCCAAGUUCGACAAGCCCAAAUUCUCAGUGUCCUCUCCCAAGGCCGAGGCUCCCGCAGCCGAGGUCAGCCUGCCCAGCGCGGAGGUCGACCUCCCCUCCGCCGCCGUGACAGCCGCAGGGGAGGGCCCCGCGCUGGGCCUCAAAGCUGACAUUCCAGGAGCCAAGACCGAAGGCGCCGGCUUGAAGCUGGAGAAGCCCUCCCUCAAGAUGCCCAAAGCUGACAUCAAAGCUCCCAAGGUGGACAUCAGCCUGCCCUCCGUCGACGUCAGCCUUCCACAGGCCAGCGUUGACCUUCAGGCGCCCGAGGCCACCCUUAGCCUGGAAGGUGAAGCCAAAGUGCCAGAGAAGGAGGCCGCCAAGACCAAGGACGGCAAGUUCAAGAUGCCCAAGUUUGGCAUGCCUUCCUUUGGCUGGUCCAGCAGCAGAGAGGCCAAGGGCACCGUGGCCGCCGAGGCGGACGUCAGCCUCAAGGAGCCUCACGUGGCGGUGCCCUCGGGGGCCGCUGAAGUGGACGUGACCCUGCCCGGGGCUGAAGUCCAAGCUCCCGGCGUGGAGGUGACUGUCGAGACGGCCGCCAUCUCAGCUGAGGGCGAGAAAGGCCGAUUCAAGAUGCCCGACGUCAAGAUGCCCAGCGUCAAGCUGCCCAAAGUCAAAGCUCCCCAGGCGCAGGUCAGCCUGCCUAAGGCCGAGGUCUCGCUGCCCAAAGGCCAGGAGGGCGAUGUCGCCCUGCCGGGCCCCGAGGCCGAAGCCAGCCUGGAGGUGGCCGCCGGCAAAGCUGAGGGCGGCGGCAUGAAAAUACACAUGCCCAAAGUCAAGGUGCCCAGCGUGGUCUUCUCCAAGCCCACCGUCAAGGCUCCCAAAGUGGACGCAGAUGUCAGCCUCCCGCAGGCAGAGCUCAAGGCCGCCGACGUCAUCGUCGCGGCACCCGACGUCCAGCUGCCCUCGGUGGAAGGUUCCCUCGAUCUGCAGGCGCCUGACAUCGACCUCAAAACGCCCUCCACCGAAGGCAAGCUCGAGCUGGAAGGCACGGGCCUGAAAGCCAAGCUCAAGAUGCCCAAGUUCGACAAGCCCAAAUUCUCAGUGUCCUCUCCCAAGGCCGAGGCUCCCGCAGCCGAGGUCAGCCUGCCCAGCGCGGAGGUCGACCUCCCCUCCGCCGCCGUGACAGCCGCAGGGGAGGGCCCCGCGCUGGGCCUCAAAGCUGACAUUCCAGGAGCCAAGACCGAAGGCGCCGGCUUGAAGCUGGAGAAGCCCUCCCUCAAGAUGCCCAAAGCUGACAUCAAAGCUCCCAAGGUGGACAUCAGCCUGCCCUCCGUCGACGUCAGCCUUCCACAGGCCAGCGUUGACUUUCAGGCGCCCGAGGCCACCCUUAGCCUGGAAGGUGAAGCCAAAGUGCCAGAGAAGGAGGCCGCCAAGACCAAGGACGGCAAGUUCAAGAUGCCCAAGUUCGGCAUGCCUUCCUUUGGCUGGUCCAGCAGCAGAGAGGCCAAGGGCACCGUGGUCGCCGAGGCGGACGUCAGCCUCAAGGAGCCUCACGUGGCGGUGCCCUCGGGGGCCGCUGAAGUGGACGUGACCCUGCCUGGGGCUGAAGUCCAAGCUCCCGGCGUGGAGGUGACUGUCGAGACGGCCGCCAUCUCAGCUGAGGGCGAGAAAGGCCGAUUCAAGAUGCCCGACGUCAAGAUGCCCAGCGUCAAGCUGCCCAAAGUCAAAGCUCCCCAGGCGCAGGUCAGCCUGCCUAAGGCCGAGGUCUCGCUGCCCAAAGGCCAGGAGGGCGAUGUCGCCCUGCCGGGCCCCGAGGCCGAAGCCAGCCUGGAGGUGGCCGCCGGCAAAGCUGAGGGCGGCGGCAUGAAAAUACACAUGCCCAAAGUCAAGGUGCCCAGCGUGGUCUUCUCCAAGCCCACCGUCAAGGCUCCCAAAGUGGACGCAGAUGUCAGCCUCCCGCAGGCAGAGCUCAAGGCCGCCGACGUCAGCGUCGCGGCACCCGACGUCCAGCUGCCCUCGGUGGAAGGUUCCCUCGAUCUGCAGGCGCCUGACAUCGACCUCAAAACGCCCUCCACCGAAGGCAAGCUAGAGCUGGAAGGCACGGGCCUGAAAGCCAAGCUCAAGAUGCCCAAGUUCGACAAGCCCAAAUUCUCAGUGUCCUCUCCCAAGGCCGAGGCUCCCGCAGCCGAGGUCAGCCUGCCCAGCGCGGAGGUCGACCUCCCCUCCGCCGCCGUGACAGCCGCAGGGGAGGGCCCCGCGCUGGGCCUCAAAGCUGACAUUCCAGGAGCCAAGACCGAAGGCGCCGGCUUGAAGCUGGAGAAGCCCUCCCUCAAGAUGCCCAAAGCUGACAUCAAAGCUCCCAAGGUGGACAUCAGCCUGCCCUCCGUCGACGUCAGCCUUCCACAGGCCAGCGUUGACUUUCAGGCGCCCGAGGCCACCCUUAGCCUGGAAGGUGAAGCCAAAGUGCCAGAGAAGGAGGCCGCCAAGACCAAGGACGGCAAGUUCAAGAUGCCCAAGUUCGGCAUGCCUUCCUUUGGCUGGUCCAGCAGCAGAGAGGCCAAGGGCACCGUGGCCGCCGAGGCGGACGUCAGCCUCAAGGAGCCUCACGUGGCGGUGCCCUCGGGGGCCGCUGAAGUGGACGUGACCCUGCCCGGGGCUGAAGUCCAAGCUCCCGGCGUGGAGGUGACUGUCGAGACGGCUGCCAUCUCAGCUGAGGGCGAGAAAGGCCGAUUCAAGAUGCCCGACGUCAAGAUGCCCAGCGUCAAGCUGCCCAAAGUCAAAGCUCCCCAGGCGCAGGUCAGCCUGCCUAAGGCCGAGGUCUCGCUGCCCAAAGGCCAGGAGGGCGAUGUCGCCCUGCCGGGCCCCGAGGCCGAAGCCAGCCUGGAGGUGGCCGCCGGCAAAGCUGAGGGCGGCGGCAUGAAAAUACACAUGCCCAAAGUCAAGGUGCCCAGCGUGGUCUUCUCCAAGCCCACCGUCAAGGCUCCCAAAGUGGACGCAGAUGUCAGCCUCCCGCAGGCAGAGCUCAAGGCCGCCGACGUCAUCGUCGCGGCACCCGACGUCCAGCUGCCCUCGGUGGAAGGUUCCCUCGAUCUGCAGGCGCCUGACAUCGACCUCAAAACGCCCUCCACCGAAGGCAAGCUAGAGCUGGAAGGCACGGGCCUGAAAGCCAAGCUCAAGAUGCCCAAGUUCGACAAGCCCAAAUUCUCAGUGUCCUCUCCCAAGGCCGAGGCUCCCGCAGCCGAGGUCUGCCUGCCCAGCGCGGAGGUCGACCUCCCCUCCACCGCCGUGACAGCCGCAGGGGAGGGCCCCGCGCUGGGCCUCAAAGCUGACAUUCCAGGAGCCAAGACCGAAGGCGCCGGCUUGAAGCUAGAGAAGCCCUCCCUCAAGAUGCCCAAAGCUGACAUCAAAGCUCCCAAGGUGGACAUCAGCCUGCCCUCCGUCGACGUCAGCCUUCCACAGGCCAGCGUUGACCUUCAGGCGCCCGAGGCCACCCUUAGCCUGGAAGGUGAAGCCAAAGUGCCAGAGAAGGAGGCCGCCAAGACCAAGGACGGCAAGUUCAAGAUGCCCAGGUUCGGCAUGCCUUCCUUUGGCUGGUCCAGCAGCAGAGAGGCCAAGGGCACCGUGGCCGCCGAGGCGGACGUCAGCCUCAAGGAGCCUCACGUGGCGGUGCCCUCGGGGGCCGCUGAAGUGGACGUGACCCUGCCUGGGGCUGAAGUCCAAGCUCCCGGCGUGGAGGUGACUGUCGAGACGGCCGCCAUCUCAGCUGAGGGCGAGAAAGGCCGAUUCAAGAUGCCCGACGUCAAGAUGCCCAGCGUCAAGCUGCCCAAAGUCAAAGCUCCCCAGGCGCAGGUCAGCCUGCCUAAGGCCGAGGUCUCGCUGCCCAAAGGCCAGGAGGGCGAUGUCACCCUGCCGGGCCCCGAGGCCGAAGCCAGCCUGGAGGUGGCCGCCGGCAAAGCUGAGGGCGGCGGCAUGAAAAUACACAUGCCCAAAGUCAAGGUGCCCAGCGUGGUCUUCUCCAAGCCCACCGUCAAGGCUCCCAAAGUGGACGCAGAUGUCAGCCUCCCGCAGGCAGAGCUCAAGGCCGCCGACGUCAGCGUCGCGGCACCCGACGUCCAGCUGCCCUCGGUGGAAGGUUCCCUCGAUCUGCAGGCGCCUGACAUCGACCUCAAAACGCCCUCCACCGAAGGCAAGCUAGAGCUGGAAGGCACGGGCCUGAAAGCCAAGCUCAAGAUGCCCAAGUUCGACAAGCCCAAAUUCUCAGUGUCCUCUCCCAAGGCCGAGGCUCCCGCAGCCGAGGUCAGCCUGCCCAGAGCGGAGGUCGACCUCCCCUCCGCCGCCGUGACAGCCGCAGGGGAGGGCCCCGCGCUGGGCCUCAAAGCUGACAUUCCAGGAGCCAAGACCGAAGGCGCCGGCUUGAAGCUGGAGAAGCCCUCCCUCAAGAUGCCCAAAGCUGACAUCAAAGCUCCCAAGGUGGACAUCAGCCUGCCCUCCGUCGACGUCAGCCUUCCACAGGCCAGCGUUGACCUUCAGGCGCCCGAGGCCACCCUUAGCCUGGAAGGUGAAGCCAAAGUGCCAGAGAAGGAGGCCGCCAAGACCAAGGACGGCAAGUUCAAGAUGCCCAAGUUCGGCAUGCCUUCCUUUGGCUGGUCCAGCAGCAGAGAGGCCAAGGGCACCGUGGCCACCGAGGUGGACGUCAGCCUCAAGGAGCCUCACGUGGCGGUGCCCUCGGGGGCCGCUGAAGCGGACUUGGCAUUGCCUGGCAGUGAUAUCCAAGAGCCGUGUUUUGGUCUUGAGUCUUCCACUAGUAAUGAGGUAGAAAUUGGGAAAUGUAAAUCUUCUGUUUUUAGAAUGCCCAAAAUUUCUUUUUCUAAGGGUUUCAAAUCUCGCUCCCCAACCCCAUCUGCAGGUGAUGUUUCUGUUUCUGAAACCCUUUGUUAUACUUUCACAGAAUACCCUUCUUCAGUUCCUUCUGAAAGUGUUGGGUCCGAAUAUUUUCCUGACGUUAAGGGAGAAAUUAUAUCUAAAAGUGCUAAAUUCAGGGUUCCUAGCAUUGGUUUCUCUAAAGCUGAAGUGACUUCGCCUGAAAGUGAUAUGGAGUCCUCAUUACAAAAGGGGAAUAUUACUCUUACCAAAUACCAAUUUUUUCUAACAGAAUCUGAGUCAAAAGUAUCCUCUCUUGCCGAUGAAAAUCUUUCAGAUUUUGAAAUUUUAAAUGAAGAUGCUUCUGAGGAGCAAGGAGGUCUUAAGUUAGAGGGGACAACACCUGCUGAAAUACCUUUAAUUGACACAGAGGUCACAGUUAAAAUUCCUAAAUUCCGAAAACCAAAAUUCAGAAUUCGAUCUAAGGGAAAAGCAACUCAAAGUGACACCUGUUCCAGUGUGGAAUCUGAAAUUUCCAAGGGAAGGAUAACAUCUGAUAUGACUGAUCCUGAUAUUGAAAAACCAGCUCAAAUCUCUGACACCCAGCUUGGCGUAAAGUUGCAUAAGCCUUCACUUGAAGUUUUCCUGGAUGCACCAACAGUGGAUCCAAAUCUCUCACCCAUGGAGGUUACCUUGCCAAAAUUAGAAGCAGAAAUCCAUGGACCAGAUUUAGAGUGCAAGGCAGAACAGGAAGUAGUUACAGGAGAGAAGGGUACCGAGGAGAAAGAAAACAAAUUUAAAUCACCAAAAUUCAAACUACCUUCAUUUAGGUGGUCACCAAAGAAAGAAGCUGUUGCCCCUUCUCACAUUGAGGAACAACUGGAAGGACCCACUUUGUCUACUUUAUCUGAAGACAUGGGAUCUGAAUUAACUUUUCCUAGUCUUGAGAAUCAAUACCUCCAUGAUGAAUUUGAUACAAUCGAAAAAGAUGGUGAAAAGGCCAAAACCAAGAAGUCCCAAUUUACCAUGCCAAAGAUCUCAUUCCCUAAAAUUAAGGGUCAGAAGGUACAGGUCUCUCCACCCGUAGUGGAAACUGAUGCUUUUGGACCCAAACAAGAAAAAGAAGGUGUUUCUGUUCAGAUAUCUGAGAAAGGGAGUAGUGGAGAAGGGGCAGGACUGGGUAUAAAAGUGCCAAAAGUUACAGUCCCAACUUUGGAAUUUUCCAAACCAGAAAUCAAAGCUCCCAAAAUAGAGAUGGAUAUUAGCAUACCUACAGGUGAGGUCAUAGUUCCUACCUGUGAAGAAGAUGGGCUGACAUUGAAAUCAGCUGCUGCUAAUGCCAGCCUCUCCACCUCAGAUAUUAAGACACCUGAAGGUCUUCUUGAGGUGAAGAGUCCUGACGUAAGUGUUGAAAGAACAUCAAGUGAAAAUGCUGUGGGUGAUGUAGAGAUAAAAGCUGAAGGUUCUGAAGGGAAAACAAAAAUGUCUAAAUUCCAAAUGCCAAAGGUAGGAAUUACAUUUUCUAAGGGGAAAGGGUCAGAAAAGGAUGUUGGCCAAUCCAAAUCAGAAGUCAAAGUUCCCCAGCUAAAAGCAAUAGUAGAAAUGUCUGACAUUGCUGUUGAAGCACCAGACUUGGAGGUGAAACAUGGCACAGAAAUGGAGACUUACAGCCCUGAAGCCAAAAUUACCAAAACUGACAGUAAGGCAUCAGAGGCUGAUGUUCUCCUCCCAUCAGCUGACAUUUCUAUUCCAAAACCAAACAGUGAAAUUCAGGAGUCAGAUGUAGCAGUAAAGAUCAAGGGGGAAAUAAAGCAAGAUGGAGAUGGAGAAGAGAAAGAAGGACAUUUCAAAAUGCCCAAAUUCAAACUUCCAUCCUUCAGUUGGUCACCAAAGAAGGAAGCAAGUGUUAAAUCAGAUUCUGGAGCGAAUUUGGAAGACCGAAAGCUUGCUGUCAUGACAAGCAGAAUAGACACAGAAGUGAAAGAAACUGCAACUGAUGAUCAAGGUAGUGGGCCAGACCUUGCUCUGGAAAUAUCUGUAGGAAAAGUUGAACAAAAAAGUCCAAUUAAAAAGCCUCAAUUUGUCAUGCCUAAAAUUUCAAUCUCCAAGAUCAAGGUUCCAAAAUCUCAGUCUCACUCACCAAAAGUUGGAGUUGAUGCUGCUCUUCCUAAAAGAGAAAUAGAGGGUGAUGAUUCAAUUAAGAUACCUGAUAUAGAAAAAAGUCAUCCUGAAGGAACUGAAGAAGGGGCACAAAUAAGCAUAAAACUGGCUGACACUAUGGAGUUUUCCAGAGUAGAAACUGAAGCCUCUAGAACUGAAAUAACAGUCAGCUCAGCAAAGAUUGAUGCUUCUUUGACUCCCUCAGAGAAGAGUUUUCAACAGGUUGACUUAAAAAUAAAUUCUAUCACUGAAUGCAACAUUCAAAAAACAGGUAUUAAGCUCCCCAAAGGAGAAGCAUCAGUUGAUUUGAAGAGCCCUGAUAUGUUAACAGAAAGCUCAUCAGUUGUGGAUGGAAGAAAAAUUAAAUUGGAAGGUCCUGAAGGGAAGAUUAAAAUGCCCAAAUUCCAGAAGACAAAGUUUGGAAUCUCCCUAACGAAAGGGAAAGUCCCAGAGACAGAGAUCAACUCUCCAAAAAUAGAAGCUGAGCUACCCCAGCUAAGAACGAUGAACGAAAUUGCUGACAUUGCUGUGGGAGUUCCAGCAUCAGAACUUACAUCUGAUAUGCCAGAUAGUGAAGUAGUUGAUGGUAAGAUAAAAACACCCCAGGUUUUGACAGGUGGCACUGAAGAUGAAAAGGUAGACAUAAGCACCCAGUCAGUGUCUAAACCAGUGACAGAGGGAAUUAUUGAGAAUUUUGAGAAGGAAAUCAAAUUAAAAGAACGUGAAAUAAAAGCUGAAGAAGUUCAAACUGAGGAAUAUCAGGGAUGGUUUAAAAUGCCAAAAUUCAGAAUACCUGCAUUUAGCAGGUCAUCUUUAAAGGAAAAAAAAAAUGAUGUUGAUACUGAAAAAAUUAUGGAAAAAGCUCAGGCAACUAUUCCUGCUGCUAAAGUACAAACUGAAAUAAGUAUUCCUGAAAAUACCUUCUCAUUACCACAUGGAGUUGUUGAUAUUACUGUUGGAAAAGAAGGGAUUCAAAAAUUCGGAGAUUCUGUGAAGGGUUCUGAUGUUAGCUUACCAAAGAUGGAAGGAGAUACUUCAUUAUCCACAGAUGGAACAGAUAGCAGAGUGAAUAUUCCAAAAACUGAAACUUAUGCAGAUGUAGUUAAGCGCAGUGCUGAAGGACAUACUUCAGAAAUCACAGUGUCUGCAGCACAAUUGUCUAAAUCAUACCCAAGUGCUUCAGAAACUGACAAAGACAAGAGUUCAACAAAUAGGUUUCCUACAUGUACUCAGGCCUUUCCAGAGCAUAAAGGCAAAUCACAGGAUAUAGAAGUCCCAAAGGUAGGAAGUUCCAUGAAGUUAGAGACAUCAGGGGUAGGAUGCAAACCAUUAACAGGUGAAAUUACUCUGGAUGCAACACAGAAGAAAAGAGAUGUUAGUCUUCCAAAGGAAGAGCUAGACAGUCAAAAUAAAGAAGCAGCAAGUAAAAAAGGAAAGAUAAAGGGUGAGGUGAAAAUCAUAGGAAAAGACAGUGAAGAAAGUCAGUUAAAAAGGACUAUAUGUGAAUGGUCUACAACAAAAGGAUCAGAAGAUGGUACUUACGUUACUGCUAAGAUGGAAGAUCUAAAGGUAGAAGUUCCAACAGUGCAGACAGAUGUUAGAAUUACUGAAGUAGAUGCUGAAAUGAAAUUUCAAGUGAAAAGUGUUGAAAAGCAUGUGUCUGCAGGAGUGGAAGUGCAAGUAGAAGACAGAGCAGAAACCAGUAAAAUUAAAGCAUACAAGUUUAAGAUUCCCAAGUUUGGAAUGUUGCAUUCAGAAAUCAAGGGGUUUGAAGAUGAUACCAAUUUGCUGAAGUCAGAAGCUGAUUCAGCUCCUGAAAGUGAAAGAGGCACAGCAGAAAUGCAGUUACGAAAACCAGAAGGAUCAGUUGACCUGAAAAGUCCAGCUCUAGAUCAUUCAGAAGCAUCUACCAGAAUAACAGGAGAAACAGUGGACCAAACACAAGGUGUCCCAGAAGUAAGUGUAAGAAUUCCCAAACUAAAAAUACCAAGAUUCACAUUCAGAACUCUCCCAAUUGAAGCUGAUGUUUUACUGUCAAAAGUAGCAACAGAUCCAAAGGGUUCUAGUACUGACAUUGAAAUAGUGCAACUGGAAGGAAGCUCUGCUAUCCCUGAAGAAGCAGGAGCUCUAAAGGGGGGUAUUCAAAAAGCAAAAAGCAAAAUUUUAACGCUGACUGAACCUGACAUUAAAACAGCACAAAUGACAGCUACCAUGGAGUCCUCCCUUUCAAGUGCAGGGCAAGACAUUCAUUGGUCUUAUAUAGAGGGCCAAGAAGUGAGUGAAAAAGUGGAACCUGAACAUGUUGCUAUUGAGAGGUGUGAGAUUUACACUACUGAAAUACUGAAAGGAUCAGAGAUUCUGUCAUCAGAGGUCAAAACUGCUACUUUGGGAUUCUCCCUGCUCAAGACAAAGUUGCCUGAAUCACACAGUGAUUUAGAUGUGCUGGUCCAGCAGCCAUCUCCAACAGGAGGUGCAUCAGUGAGAAAACCUACACAUGCUGGUGAAAGCUUUGGGGUAGCAGCACAGAGAACUGGCAGUGCUGAGCUUGGACUAUCUGACAAACCACACCAUGAGUCUGAAGAAUCUAGAGGAAAAGUAAGUCUGACAAAGUUAAAAACAUCUGCUGAAGUAAAGUGUUCCAGUAAACUUGAAGAGAGUUUCCCUGAUAAAGCACCAGAGGGAAUAACUGCAGCUUCUCUCUCUAAAGAUGAAGAUGUAGUUGAAGAUGAAGAAAAAGACAUAACCAAUGAGAAAGAAAAGACUGAUAGUAAAAGAUCUCCUGGAAGAUUCAAGUUCUGGCUUCCAAAUAUUGGCUUUUCAUCUUCUGGGGAUGAAACAAGCACAGAUGCAAAACCAGAAAUAAAAAAAUCAGUUCCAGAAGAUGUGAAACCUGCUGACACAUCAGAUGAUUCCUCUAAGCAGGCAGAUAAAACUGGAUGGUUUCGAUUUCCCAAGCUUGGUUUCACAUCUCCUUCCAAAAAGGCUAAGUCUGUUGACAAAGAGGAGGUUGGUCAUAAAGAGGGGAGUCACUCAGAUGAAGAUAGCCCAACAGAUAAACCAGAUGUAUUUUUUGAUGCACAAGAAAGCUUAUCACCUAAAGAAAUAGGAGAGGGUGAAAAAGCUGAAAUUGAUGGAGCCUCAUCCAUUGUGACAUCUUCAGCAAGAACUGAGCUAAUCUUAUUGGAGGAAGAAAAAGAUAGUAAAUCUAAUAUUGUUGGAGAUACAAUCAAAUGA